CAUAAACACUUGGGAUGGAGCCUAAAGCCCGAAUUAAACUGUCCCUGCUGGAAGAACCCUGCGCCCCCCUUUGUUGCAUCGCUCUGGGGAAUGGGUUCCCCGCCCCUCCCCACAGAGACCCCUGUAGCUGUAGCCAUGUUAGUUUAACCCUUCCUUCCUUUCUGGACGCAACUGGCUGGGAGCCAAUUGUCCCUUCCUGAACAGGAGGGCAGAUAAUGCCCUGCUCCUCCACUGUUCGCUCUCUUGCCCAUGCUUGUGCCUGCUCUCUUUCUCUCUUUCCCUUUUUCCCUCUUCCUCCUAUGGAAUAAACGUCUUUGACCACAAUGGGUGUUAGAGCCUCUUUUGGAAUCUUUUGCCAUAACCCUGUAAUAUUUUCUACCAAAGCUCUCUCAGAUCUGGGCUAGCCUUGUAACUCCAGAGGGCUGUGGAGGAAAGUAUUAACACCCCCUGGCACGGCCCCACGGGGGCUGCUUUGGGGUGGGGGGUGGCUCGGGGUGCCCCGGGUGUCCCCACAAGGCCAAUUUGGUGCCAUCACGUGGCAAACGGGCUGCGGGCUCUGUGCCCAGGCCGGGAGGUGGCCGGGCUGGUUGGAAUGCCAGAGGAAAUGGGGAGAGCAUCGCUGGGGGGUGGGAGCCCCUCUCCCCCUUCCCAGGAGGAUGGAGAGCCCCGGGGUCCUUCGGGCGGUUCCCAGCCCACAUUCCCGAGCUGCUCCCGCUCUUCCCGCAGCGAGGAGGAGCUGCGGCAGCGCUGGUGGCCUGACCUGCUCCCGGCAGGGGUGACCUACCCGGCCUGCUGGCCAGGGCUCAUUGUCCCCUUCGGCAGCAGCGAGAGGGACAGAAGCGAGGACAAACUCUCUGGAUUGCAAAUCCCGGAUCCAAACCCAGCCCGCUCCUCUGGGCCCCCACCAGGGGUCCCAUUUGGGGUGGCCGUGUCCAUUCCAUGUGGCAGUGACAGUGGUGACGGGCAGAGGGGACAGGACAGGACAGGACAGGACAGGAGGAUUUGCCUCUGGCACACAGCUGCGGUGUGGCAGCACGGCCGGGUGCGGGGACCGGCGGUUGUGUCCCUGCCGAGGCCCCGGGAAUGUCCCCAGAGGCCCUGCAACCACGGCCCUUCCCAUUGAUCCCGCCGCCAACUCGGCAUGACUCAGCCGCCUCCAAAGCAAAGGAAGUCACUGCCGGGACUCUUCCUGCAGCCCCGCGCCAUGGGAUCGCCCCCCGGAGCCGUCCCGGUGCUGAUCCUGCAGCAGCUGCCCGGGCCCGGGGCCGCCCCCCCGGGACCCCCGCCCGUCCGGGGAGAUUUGAUAGAGCUGAUGCUGAUUCAAACCUCCCAAAUGCACCAGCUGUUGAUGCAUGGCCUGGCCGUGGCAGCUCUGAUGCCCCUUGGUGCGGGGCCAGCCCCAGCCCCUGCCCAGGCGCUGGCGGAGCCUUCGCAGGGCAAGGAGGAAGAGGAGGCCGUGGUUUUCCACCAUCACUACAUCCCCUGGCCCGUGCCCGGCCCGGCCCCCGUGCGAUUCCUGCGCUCCUCACUUGGGGACGGGCGCAGAGCUGUGCCCCCCCCGCCGCCCCCCAGUGCCACCGGGACAGUGGGACCCGGAGUCCCCCCAGCAGCGGAGUUCUACAGCGCGGAGGAGCGGGGGCUGUGAGCUCUGCCUCCCUCGAUCCCGGAUGGAUGCUCCGUGAUUCCCGUGCUUUGGGGUGGCCCCAGGGCAGGGGUGGCACAGCCCCGGGGACACCCCGGCCCUGUCACAGCCCCCCAGCCCUGUCACAGCCCCAGGGACAGCCCCGUGCCAGCCGGGCCCUGCUCCCCCACCAAGCCACCAGGCCGGAGUGGCACAGGCUGUGCUGUGUCCCCGGGGGAGGGGACAGAGGAUGGUCCCAGCCUUCAUUAGUCCCUCCAGCUCUCAAUGCAACAUUGCCUGUAAUUUGCUUUGUUAAGAGAGCGUCCUGCUGUUGCUAAUUAAGCAUCUGUAAUUACA